AUGGCAUCCAAUCAGGACACAAAGAAGUUCAAAGUUCUCAUAGCUGGUGGCAGUCUCGUGGGUCUUGGCCUAGCCCUAGCCUUGGAGCGCGCCGGGAUCGACUACGAGCUUUUCGAAAAGGGAGACUUUGCAACGCAGCUAGGGGCCUCUAUCGGAAUCCAUCCACACACCAUAAGAAUUCUAGAGCAGCUAGGAGUAUGGGAAGAUAUCGAGAAACAGGUUGUACCUUUGAAGGUUCGACACCACUACGACGGAAACGGCCAUUGUUUCGAGCAGUCGCAUGUGCUGGAAAACAUCACAGAAAUACUUCAACGUCCCAUUAUCUUCGUAGAGCGAUGCAAAGCUCUAGAAGUGUUACACAACCAUGUGAGAGACAAAUCAAAGCUGCAUGCUCGAACGGCCGUCGUUGGAUAUGAAGAAACCGCGCAGGGUGUUACUGUCACCGCCGAAAAUGGCGAGCAGUACCACGGUCAUAUCCUUAUCGGUGCCGACGGAAUCCACAGCAAAGUGAGGAAGCUGAUGGCCGACAAGAUCAGCGUGACGGAUCAAUCGCUCGCUAAAGAAAUUAAUGAGGGUUUGUCUCACCUCCCUGCCCUUGAUCGCCGUAGAGCCCAUCUAAUUGAUACUAUCCUGAGUACAGCGUUCACAAGCGAGUACAACUGCAUCUUUGCUGUUUCUCGGAACGACCAGUUCCUACCUGAUUCGAUGGUUCAUAACGUGUACUACGAUGACUACUCAUCAGUUGCAGCUACCGGUGUGCAUGGUCUUGUGUUUUGGUUCCUUUUCGUCAAGGCUUCGAAACUCACGAGAACCCCCAACUGCCCAAGAUUCACCGAUGAGGAUGCAGAGAAAACGAUCCAGAAAUAUGGAAGCUCUCUAGUAGGCCCUGGGUAUACCGUGAAAGAUCUCUGGGAUGCUCGUGUCAAAGGCACAAUGGUACCCUUAGAAGAAGGUGUUCUCAAAAAGUGGAGUCACAACCGGGUAGUUUUGAUGGGUGAUUCAGUUCAUAAGGCUACCGUCAAUCCUGGACUAGGUGGUAACCUGGCUUAUGAAGGCGUCGCUCGAUUGACCAACGGUCUUGUGCCAUUAUUAAAAGAAAGCCCUAUGCCAUCGCUUGAGCAGUUGACCAAGGUUUUCAAUCAGUAUAUUGCUGGUCAGAAACCUCGAGCAGAGACGGUUGUUGAUAUUUCCGGUCAGAUUACGCGUUAUGAAGCCCAAAAUAGCUGGGUCCUCAAAUUUGCUGCGCGUCACAUCGUUCCCUGGGUCAGUGACAAACUCAAGGCCAAAUUGUAUGCCAGUUUCUCACGAGGCGGCCCUUGCUUGGAUUAUCUCCCACUGCCUGCGAUGGAUGCAGGUCUGAGGAAGCCUGCGAAGCCUGAGCAGAUGCCCAACGCGGGUAUCUCCCCAAAGCUGAUCACAUUCAUGGGUAUGGGCGGGACUGCGGCUAUUUUAUGGCACAUGAAUAGCCAGAACGCCUUGCUUCCCACAUUCUCUACAUUCAUGAGGUAG